AAGUGGCCAAGUUAACCUUUUACUGCACAAAAGCUUCCAGUUUAUUAAAUAAUGCGGUUGGUUUGAACGACUAGAAUUUACGUAAAAUGAGGUUGUACGUACUUACUCUGAUAAUGAUACUUCAAACACGCAUGCAGAACAUUUUUGCUGAACAGGACUUUCACAAAGAGUCAGUGCCAGCAUGCGGCAGGGCUUUUUUGUAUACCAACCAGUUCCCAAAGUACUAUGAAACAAAACUCAAAUCUCGAUACGAAGCUAGUAAAGGCAAAAGUGAUAAGGAGGUUGGGAAAAUAUUAGUUUUCGCUAUGUAUACUGACUCGAAACAACUGGGACCAACUAAAUAUUAUUUCCGCGGAUGUGUAUCUAGAAAACUUGAUCAGAAGGACGAGGCAAAUCUUGAGAUAUAUGCAAAAUGCCGUCACAAGUUGACUCUAGAGAUGGAGGAAGUAACUUCAAAAACUCUAGCAAAUUCACUGUCUAACACCACGGCAGGUCUUCAAAAAGCCCUCGCUGAUUUGAAGAAAAGAUACAAGAAUAUAACUAGAGUGAAGAGAUUUGAAGCUUGUCUGAAACAAUACAUUGGUCAGUAAUAUACCUAGAGAAAAUAAAGUUUCUUGUUGCCGAUUGUUUACGUUCAUUUUGCUCAAUGAGGC